AUGUCGCCGGAGGAAUACGUCAGGAAAUCCGGCGAUCUUCGAGGGACUGAGCUUACCCUUGCUCUACCGGGUACUUCCAUAAUACCAUCGGAGGGCCAACAAAAGUCCAAAAAGAAGCGUAGAUUCAUCGAGACCGUUGAUUUGAAACUCGGGGAAAGACACGUGAACAAUUCUAUAGCAUGCAACAAUUUCGACCGCUUGGUGGGAUGGCCGCCGGUGAGGACGGUAAGGGCGAGGAAGUACGUGAAAGUUGCGGUGGAUGGUGCGGCCUAUCUCAGAAAAGUUGAUCUUCAGAUGUACAAUUGCUACGAUCAACUUUUCGCUGCUCUAGAAAACAUGUUUCAGGGGGUAGUAACAAUAUGUAUGGUGACGACGGAGCUCGAGAGGAAAGGAGAGUUUAUGGCAACUUACGAGGAUAAGGACGGUGACUGGAUGUUAGUGGGAGAUGUCCCGUGGAUGAUGUUUGUGGAGUCGUGCAAACGUAUGCGGUUGAUGAAAACCGCCGACGCUAUGGGGUUAGUACUUCCAAGCUGA